UCUAUAGACGCGGUGUUUGGUGCCACGUUUCACAAACUCAAAUUAGAAUAUCGACUUCUCAUAUAGUUCACACGACUCUCUGAAGGAAACGAAUUAGGCUUAUAAUUUCAACUGCAAAAUUCGUCUACGAUAUUGUUCUAUUUCUACAGCUGUUCAUUGAGACCAGAAUUCCUGGUGAUAUAAACAUAUACGCAGUAAUUUGCAGACGGUUUAAUCAGUGAGAACUUUACAUUUUGAAACGGUUUUUCAUCAAAUACUUCGACAAGCACAAUAACAUGGCACCAGGAAAAGCACCAGCGAUUGGAAUUGAUUUGGGUACCACCUAUUCUUGUGUUGGGGUCUUUCAGAAUGGGAAGGUGGAGAUCAUAGCUAACGAUCAGGGUAACCGGAUCACACCUAGUUGUGUUGCCUUCACAGAUACAGAAAGAUUGAUCGGUGAAGCUGCAAUGAAUCAGGUGGCAAUGAAUCCCAAGAACACAAUCUUUGAUGCAAAACGUCUUAUUGGGAGGUCAUUCACAGAUGACAACGUGCAAUCAGACAUGAAGCACUGGCCUUUCACCGUCAUCAAUAAAGGAGGCAAGCCAAUGCUACAGGCAGAGUACAUGGGAGAACAGAAGACAUUGGCUCCAGAGGAAAUCAGCUCAAUGGUCUUGACCAAGAUGAAGGAGACAGCUGAGGCUUAUCUUGGCCAGCAAAUCACUGAUGCCGUCGUCACUGUUCCCGCUUACUUCAACGAUGCACAGCGACAGGCGACGAAGGACGCAGGUGUGAUCGCUGGCCUCAACGUCCUCAGAAUCAUCAACGAGCCCACCGCUGCCGCCCUCGCCUACGGACUCGAUAAGAAGCUGAAGGGGGAGCAACAUGUCCUCAUCUUCGAUCUCGGUGGUGGUACGUUCGAUGUCUCGAUCCUGGUCAUUGAUGAUGAUAUCUUCGAAGUGAAGUCGACAGCCGGUGACACUCAUCUCGGAGGAGAAGACUUCGAUGAUAGACUAGUCGAUUAUCUCGCUGAGGAGUUCAAGCGAAAGCAUAGGAAAGACAUGAGGUCCAGCCCAAGAUCGCUCCGUCGCCUCCAAACAGCAGCAGAGCGAGCAAAGAGAUCACUGUCAAGCACUGCUUCAGCAAACAUCCAAGUUGAAUCACUCUACGAAGGUAUCGACUUCUCCACCAGUGUCAGCAGAGCACGAUUCGAGGAGCUGUGUACAGAUCUCUUCAAAAAGUGUCUGCAGCCAGUGGAGAGGGCCAUCAUCGAUGCUAAAAUCGACAAGAACAAGAUUGACACCGUGGUAAUUGUAGGUGGAUCAACACGGAUCCCGAAGAUCCAGAAGUUUCUCCAGGAAUACCUCAACGGCAAGGAUCUCAACAAGUCUAUCAAUCCUGAUGAAGCUGUUGCCUAUGGGGCUGCUGUCCAAGCUGCCAUUCUAUCAAAUGACCCAAGCGAAGAAAUCAGAGACGUUAUUCUAAUCGAUGUGACCCCUCUCUCUCUUGGCAUUGAAGUAAAAGGAGGUGUGAUGUCAAAGCUCAUUGAGAGGAACACAAACAUCCCUACAAAGGCUGCCGAGACCUUCACUACUGAUGCGGACAACCAGCUUGCCGUUACCAUCAAAGUGUUUGAAGGAGAAAGAGCUAUGACUAAAGAAAACAAUCGACUUGGCCAGUUUCGUUUUUCCGGUAUCCCACCUGCACCUCGGGGCGUCCCUAAGAUCGAGGUCUCUUUCGACAUCGACGCCAACGGCAUUAUGGACGUCACUGCCAAGGAUGAGAGCACGGGUCGUAGCAACAAGAUCACCAUCACCAACGACAGAGGAAGGAUAUCUACAGACGAAAUCGAUCGCAUGAUCAGCGACGCCGAAAGAUUCAAGGCCGAAGAUGAUGCUCAGCGGGAACGCAUCGCAGCUAGCAACCAACUCGAGUGCUAUGCCUACAACGUCAAGUCCGCAAUCAGAGACGCAUCAGUAGGGAGCAAGCUUAGCUCCAGCGACAAGGAAGUCUUUAAAAAAACAGUAGAUAACGUCAUUACUUGGAUGGAUAGCAACCCUUUGGCAAAGAAGGAAGAACUGUCGUUCAAGUUGAAUGAGUUGCAGAAGACAUGCUCUCCCAUCAUGGCUAAAAUACACGCAGGUAGUAACUCAGGUUAUUUUACCUGACUGCUAAGAAAGCAUUAAUAGGGACUUUUAGG